AAUGCCUCCGCAAUUAUCUCUAUUAGAUUUUGAAAAAAUUUGUCGAAUUUGUUUAAAAUUAGACGAAAACAUGAUAGCAAUUAGUGUAAAUAACAUAAUUGAAAUGAUAAAGGAGUGUACAACAGUGCAGAUUUGGAAUGAAGAUGAUUUACCACAACAAGUUUGUUGCAUAUGUUUAAAAAGAUUGGAGGAUGCAUUCAACUUGAAGAAUCAAUCAGAAAAUUCGGACAAAGAACUUCGAAAACUUUUAAACAACAAAGACACUGAUUUUGAAAAAAAUGAAAUUCAGGAAACUGAAAUAAUUGAGAGUACAAAUUUUUUAUCAGAUAAUGAUUAUGAUGAAUAUUCCCCUUCCGACCAAAAUGAAAGUCCUGAAUCAAGAGAUGAUUUCGAAUUUGAGGAUAAUAAUAUUCAAUCGGAAACAAAUGAUAAUCUAGAUAAAGAAAAACAAGUGCCGGAAAAUAGUGAAUGUGAAAUUUGUGGUAAAACAUUUUUAAAUAAACAUAAACUCAAAAAACAUUUAGUGGCACAUUCAAAUCAUCGUCCAUUCAAAUGUACAGUGUGUUCUAAAGCGUUCAAAGAGAAUUUUAUUUUAAAUAAACAUGUAAAAACAAUGCACACGAAUCCAGUACCUAAAGAAGCAUGUCAAAUAUGUGGUAGAUCAAUAUCGAAAACAUCAUUGUACCGACAUUUAAAAACACAUGAAAAUCCACCAUCUUAUCAAUGUACAGUGUGUCCAAAGAAAUUCUUGGAUGCGGAUACACUAGAAAAACAUUGUCGUCGUGUACAUAAAAAAGAGACAUCGUUUGAUUUAUAUCCGUUUCUAUGUUAUAUAUGCGGUAAAGGAUGUAUUUCGAAUAGUGAACUAACCCGACAUAUGAAUACACAUGAAAAGGAAGCGAAAUUUAAGUGUUCGGAAUGUGGUAAAGCGUAUACCUCAGAUGCUGGAUUACGUAGUCAUGUUAAAGGGUUUCAUUUAAACGAGCGUCCUUUUGUUUGUACAGUGUGUUCAAAGGCUUAUCCUACGAAAAUUAUUUUAAAACAUCAUAUGCGAACACAUACCGGUGAGAAACCGUUCAAAUGUUUGAUAUGCAUGAAAAUGUUUGCGCUCAAAUGUGUUUUAAAAACGCAUAUGAAAGUGCAUGGUGGAAUUUAUCUACCUCCAACAGAUAAGGAUGCGAUAUUCGAUAGUGAAUAAUUCCAUACAAGUUAAAAUAACUUCCAAUUAAAAGCUUAGGUUAGGUUAUGUUAGAGUGGCUGUCCUAAGGUGGGACACACUUAGACCAUUGGGUCCGUUGUUAUACUAAAGAGGGGUCGGUGGGACACACUCAUCCCCGGCCAUUACUCUAUGAGCCAUUUUGAUCUAUUUAGGAAUGAAAGCAGAAGCGCUUUGACGUUAACGGACUUGGUCGUAAAAGAAAAGCUGGCUGAAGUAUGUCUAUCUCCUCUAAAUAGACAACAUACUCCUAGAAGAUGAGCUAUCGUCUUCUUCUCCUCCACACUGUGACAGCUCCUGCAAUCACAUUCAGAAACAUUUCAAAAACGUUACAAAAAGUUUCAUUAAAAUCGGUGCUGUUUCCCAACUUUUCCAAUAAAUCCCGGAUUUAUUAACUGUACUAUAAUAUAAACAAGAACAGAGUUGAUUCGUGGAGU